GUGAUUUCAGGGAGGGCUUUCAUCUGGACGGACCACAACCUUGGAUGUGCACGCUUCAUGUUCUUUAAUCAUGAUUACACAUUUAUAAAGUCGGUUAGAGAUUAUACAGACAGUACAAGUGAUGAACGCAAUGCUAUUUAUUUAGAACUGGCUUAAAGAACGAUCCAACCGGCAUCAAGUUCAGCUGUCAGUCGCCGUGUAGUCAGUGGGUAAGUAACUAUCUACAUUGCAUUUCCUGCUAUCAAAACUAGUUGAUAGAUAUUGUACAUUCUGUGAUUCACUUAGCUUGUCUUCAUGGCUAUUAACCAGAACCUGGAUGUCUUGUUACAGAAUGUAGAUGUGGUCAUCUAGCUAUGGCUUAGCCCAAUAACUCUUUAGUCCAAGGACCUUACAUGUUCUGUUUAAGCGGCGAAUUGGCUCUGGAAGCCAAAACAGCCAAGUACUCCAUCUAAACGUGAAUCGAUUCUCAAUUGCGGUACGUUUCUAGAAACAUGAAGCCCUAUACUUUCAUAUCACAUCAAAAUAAUUUCACAAACGCAAAAUACACACUUACUGUAAAUAGUUUAAACCGGUUUUAACACAGUUGCAGCAGACAGUACCUUUGUGACAACACGUUUGUGGCGUACUUAGCACAGAUAGUCCACUGUCUUCCGUCUGUUUUCCGUAAACAAGCGCUGUAACAUGGAAAUAUGGCCGUGUGGGAACCCUAACCCUAUAAAGGUGUGUAUCAAUUUAACCUUUUGUUUUUGAAAAUUAUUUAUUGCCGAUAUGAAAGAUAAGGUCCUUAUGCUUCCAAAACAGUACCGCAAGAGAUGCGUGUUAAUGUUCAGACCGAGCGUCGCAACAAAACACCCCCCCUACAGAAGAUGCCAUCGUCCAGUGUAAUGUAAUGGAACUGGGAGUGAUGAUCAAGGGCUACCUAUGGCUAUGAACAUGACAAUGCCCUGGCUGAGACUUUGUAUUUGGUCCUCUUGACAGUCAAUACUUGACUAACACUUGUCUUUUCCCCAACAGUAAGGCAAGAUACCAGGAUUACUUUUCAUGGCAGUGUCAAGGGCUACACAUUUCACCCCAGCAGGGAGAUUUCUUGGCUCCUGCUACAAACAGAGACUCUUGGCCCCCCACCUGUCUGUGGGAUGGAGGGCUGUCUCCGGAGGAGAGUACAGACGGCCAGGCCAGACGCAGGACAACACCCCCAUAUGGAAGAAGUUUGACUUCAAUAAAGGUGUGGAGGGGAUGCGAAAGCAUUUUACCCUGCUGAAGAACGAGUUUCUGGCCCGCUGGACAGGGCCGGAGGGGAAGCCACUGAUUGAACAUUUCCUGGAGCAGACCAGGGUGAUCUGGGAGUUCAGAGGGCCAGAGAGCCUGGCGCAGUGGACGGUGUCUUCAGACCGAGAGAUCGGUGGGAGGAGCGAGGCCUAUCUGAAGCUAGGCAGGAACAACGCUACGUGUCUGAUGUAUGGGACCCUCUGCUCUGCUCCCCCCAGGGACGGAGAAACGCGUUAUAGUGGAUACUGCACACUGCGCUCCAAACCGCCCAUGGUUAGUACUGAUGCUGUCUUAACUUAGCCCGGGUGCCUGUCUGUUUCUGCCCUCUUGCCAAUGAGUUGGCAUGAUUACACAAAUACUGGUACUCAGGCUAGUCUUUCCUUCCCCAGUAAGAGUGAAAGGCUGCCAAACAUUGAGCACGUCCUUCCAUCAGUUCCAUGCCUUAACCUCGGAAGCACAAAUUUGGAAGGGAUGGCCAUGCGAGACGUUAACCCCAAAACGUGUUCUCUCUAGGGUUCGUUUGACAGUAAGAAGCAUCACGAUUGGUCCAGCUUCAACACCCUGCACCUGCGUAUCCGUGGUGACGGGCGGCCAUGGAUGAUCAACGUCGGGGCGGAGACCUACUUCUCACACCAGAAGGACGACAUGUACAGUUACUUCCUCUACACACGGGGAGGACCUUACUGGCAAGAUGUGAAGGUACAGCCUAACCAGGGCCAUUUUCAGUUGCAGAUAGAAAUUCCAUGAAUAGAGCCGAUAUGAUUCCAUAGUCUGCAUGUCAGAGGCAUGUUUGUUUUACAUAGCCUACUUCUAUCCGAACGUUCCAAAAUGUUUGCGUCCUACUGAACGUCACCCAAGUCUCCCUUGCUUGGUUGUCUUCUUUCAUUUUAAGGAAACUAUCCUCAGUUGUUUGCGUCUCACACAGUACAUAGCAGAAAUAGGAAAUUAGUGAAGCUAUCACCGUGUGAUCUUAGUCCAGAAGUAUUUGGGUGCUAACAGUUGAUUGGUCCUUUACAGAUUCCAUUCUCAAAAUUCUUCCUCUCUAGUCGGGGGAGGGUACAAGAUGAUCAACAUCCUCUCUGGUUGGACAAGGUAAGAAAAUGUAUGGUUGAGUGUAUUAGUGUACUACAUUGUACUCAGACAAGGGUACAAUGAUGAUGAUUCACUUGCUAUGUUUUCUCAACUCUAAUGUUCGUUUUGUGCUCUUAGGUUAACACCAUUGGAAUUACGUUGGGUGAUAAGGCAGACGGUCCAUUUCAACUGGAGAUUGAUUUUGUUGCCGUGUGUAAUGACCGUGCACACACAGAGGAGUUUGCAUAUGAGGUAUACAAGAGGAACCCUGAAGUCUGAGAACAAGCAUCACCCACCAAAUCCUCAAUGAAAACGCUACUUCAGGAAAUGCCCAUUUACUACAUGUAUUUACAAGUCCGAAAAGGUACAACAACAAAAGCUUGCAGAUGCACUGUAAAACACUUCCAUGUGAAUUACAGAUAUGACACAAAUAUUUAAGACUAUGGUCUACCAACGACACUGGUGUACGAAAUAUGAAACAUGUUAAUGUGAACAAUAAAGUUCAUAAAAAACACUUAACUAUUUUUUAAUGUUGAGGAACUACAGAGUAAAAUCGAACAAUCAUAACAGGUUGGAACUAAGAACAGUGCAGAGGACAGAUGAGGUAAAGCAGUGAGAACAGGACAGAUGAGAUAAAGCAGUAAGAACAGAUGAGGUAAAGCAGUAAGAACAGGACAGAUGAGGUAAAGCAGUGAGAACAGGACAGAUGAGGUAAAGCAGUAAGAACAGAUGAGGUAAAAACAGGAUUUAAACUUUACAGAAGAGUGAAAAGUACAGAAUAAUUAGGUCAUGACGAGGCCUCGUCUGGCUCCAAG